CAUGAUGCCAUUUAGCAACAGAUGAGCAACGUUGUAUGUUCAUUUUGGGCAGCCAGAGCAACGCAUUGCCAUCGCCAGAGUGCCCCGAAAGGAUCCCACCCACACUGUGUAAUGCCUGCCAGGGUCGCGGUGCUUCCCUUCUGCCUCGCACCGUAGCAGCUUUUGCCGUUUUUAAGCGGCUCCCGCAUCAAAAAAAAAAAGAAGACAAAACCGCGUGUGUUAUAUAGCAGCCAGUGAGUUUCUUCUGUGGCUGGAAUCGCUAUGGAUGUGCUAUGGAUGAUACCGCUGCUGCUGUUCCCACUCCUGAUGUGGACCAGCAGCACGUUUGUUUUUUAUUUCAAAAAGUUCUUCUACGUCGCCUGGAUGAUGUGCUUGGCCCUCGUUACGAUCCCCCUGUGCAUACUGAAAAGCGGAGGCAGGGACGUGGAGAACAUGAGGAUUAUCCGCUCCAUGGUACGUCACGUGAAGUAUUUCCUGGGUCUUCGAUUUGAAGUGACCGGUUGGGAGCAUCUGCAGACAGAGGGACCCUAUGUCAUCAUCUCCAACCACCAGAGCUCCCUGGAUGUUUUGGGCCUGAUGGAGAUCUUACCAGACCGCUGCACCAUGAUUGCCAAGAAGGAGCUGAUCUACGCCGGCACGGUUGGCCUCAUUUGCUGGCUGGGGGGCAUCGUCUUUAUCAACCGCAAGAAGACGAGCGAUGCCAAGAGUGUCAUGACUGACGCUGCCAAAACCAUGCUGGACGAACAGAUUCGUCUUUGGGUGUUCCCAGAGGGAACGCGAAACCAGAAAGGCGACCUGCUGCCCUUCAAAAAAGGAGCUUUCCACCUGGCAGUGCAGGCACAAGUACCCAUCAUACCCGUUGUUUUCUCCUCCUACAGCAACUUCUACCUACGGAAAGAAAAGCAGUUUAACUCGGGGACCAUCAGAUUGAAGAUCCUUCCAAAGAUCGAGACAAAGGGGAUGACGUCAGAGGAUAUAUCAUCCCUCUCUGACAAAUGCUUCAACGUGAUGCGCUCUGCCUUCUUAAACAUCUCUGAGUCCGUAACCCAGAGCAACGGGCCGCUGAGGCACUGAACAUUUACCAUACUCCCACCUCUUUUUCUCCUAUGUCCCUGUCUAAGACCCAUUCCUCCCCCAGACCUCCCCACUCUCCCCAGGUUGUCCCAUUACCUGGCCAGGAAACAACAUGACACAGGUCUCUUGUCAUGAAAUCUCUUCUUGUCUAGUUGACGCCUGGUCCAGUCCGCCUCUGGCCUGACCAUACAGCACAGUCAGUCCCGACCCUCACUGUGCCUGCAGCAGCACCGGCAGCAGCGCUGCUCUGCACGCCGUGAGCGGAGUGACGGACGGCAAGCCGAACAGUAUGGAUGUGUGUUGUUCUUCAUGCAUGCCUUUUUGGAUGGCUCUGUCCACCUUCACCGUUGCUUCGUUCUCUGGCUUUGGAAGCCUAGCUUUAUUAUUGUCUUACUUUAUCACCAUUUUGUACUUUUUUUGGCUUCUUAUUUAAUUUUUUUUCUCUCUGUCUGCCUUCUGUUUAGCAGAUAAACCUUUUUUCUUUUCUGCUCAUAAAUGUCAGUGGAUAUUCAUGUGAUCCUCUCAUGCUGCCUUUGUUUUAGUUAUCUUUGGACGCUCUUGCGCACACACACACACACGCAUACAUGCACAGAUGCACACAUUAAGAGUACCCCAUUUCCUUCCUUGCUUCCCUUUUAGUCUGUUCUCCCCCUUUCUGUAUUCCAGUCUCUUGCCUAAAGACAAAAAGAGCGGGGUCUCCCAAGAGCGGUGGAGUGCGUGGAGGUGAGAGGUCGACACUGGUUGACCGUGGACUUCUUUGCUUCUGUCGCUAUGAAUUCAACUCUAUAUCCACAUUGGCUCUUCAACUCAAUAACCAAUAGCUCCACGACAUAUUUUAUGAUGUCAGAAAGGAAGGAAUUCAAGGUUACGAGAUACAGUGCAUAACAAUAGCACCCAUCUGUACUGAUUUAAUGGACUUGAGCGGACUGAUCAGUUUUCAGUGUUGUGCAUUGUUGGUGUAUCAUUGUUCAUUCUUCCAGUUUUCUCCCCAAAAGGUUAGAAACACCCUGCGUGCAGCACUGAGCAGCAAGUCUUCUCGCCGUGUUCUGUAUUUUUGCUAAUUUUUUAUUUAUUUCUACAUCGGAUUAUAUAGUUUCUGUUGGGGUUUGUUUUUUUUUUUUUAGCUCCUCGGACGGAACUCACAAGUGAACCUAUUUAAGAGGUGUCAAAAAGGUGAUUUCAUAUUGUGCAAUGUCAACUGUUUUAUUAGCAUUACUGUUCCAAAGUGCAAGCUACCUGCUGUGCCAUGACAAAGUGUUUUUGGGAGGUCUCCAAUUAAGCCCGUCAUUCGCUGACUAAUUUCACUUUACCAAUGAUAUAAUGUCCCUUUACCAAUGAUGUAAUGCAGUCCUUGCUGUAGGGAAGAGGGUAAAACUUGUGUAGAAUUGUGAAUGAUUUUAUUUGUUCUGAUUAACUUGAAGAUUUUCUAAUUACUAACAAACCUGACAUACUCAAGUCUACAUCUCAGAAGAGUUUAAGGGUUGUCCCUGUUUUUUUUUUUGUUUUUUUUUUUCAAUAUGAAAGUGAAUAACAUUGUUUUAGUUGUGACGUUCUGAUUCAGUUGUUACUUAACCUCUUAGCAGAAUAUUAGAUUAUUUAAAAAGUUGUGGAAAUUUUUGGCCUUAAGUUUGAUUAGGUUGUUGUUGCUCUCGAUCGAUGAUCAAUUUCUGUUUUGUAAUAUGUACUGACGACAACCUCUAACCAGAUAGAACUGACUGAACUGUUUUUAGUUUACAUCCAGGUCUUAAAUUUCACAUUGCUCACUGCCUUUACUGCUUGCAAAAUCACUCAUUUUGCCGCUUCAGCCCGUCAAACACCAUCUGAGAAUGUAUUUCAGCAUUUGUGUACUACUAAUUGCAUCUUAUUUUAUUUUUACGAAGUUGUUGUAUUACAGUGGGAUGUUGUCUUACAUACAGUUGGCAACAAAUCCAGGAAAUGUAUUCAUCAUUUGACAAUUAAAUGUUAAAUUUAGACUGACUUGUUGUGUACACAAACCUUCUAAGGAGAUCAUCUUGUGUAUGGAUUUAUCAAUACUUUGGUACUAAGCCUGUACACAGUUGUUUUAGUGAUACAUGCUGGGCUUUGGCUUUACAUGUGAUGGUCACGGUUUCAUUUAUAUUAAAGGCCACUAUAAAAUAUAUGCCCCUACUGAUUCUAAUUAAUCAAAAUCUAUAUUUUUUUUUUCGUAGUUUGAAUAUAUUUAUUGACUUUUCUUAUCUGUAAGAGCAGAUUUGACUGAAAUUGAAUUGAAUGUUAUAAAGUACUCUACCAAAUUGAUUACUUCCAAAAUAUGAACUAUACCAUAUACAUUUUGCUAAUGGAGUGUGUUUAUCCAUUUAUUUCCAGUUCAGUUCUCGGGUUAUUUUGUAAUACAAAUGUGUGAUUUGUAAGCUUUGUGUCAUGAGCUUGAACUGGUGGCUCACAGGCUCUGCAGCAACUCUGCUGUUUUUUUUUUUUUUUAUUUCUUUAGGCAGUUGUUUACGAACUUCUAAGAUAUUGGAAAAGAUUCUGAAGUAUUCUGAACCUUAAUAAAGCACUUUUCAUGCUGAGUUUGGGUGGAAAAAUAAAAAGGACUUCAAGUUUUCUCUGAUUUUCACCAAAGCUAUUAAAGUGUAAUUGGUGGUAGCUUUUAGAUGGAUACGAGAAACAGAGCUGACAUCCUGCAGAGUCUUGUAUGUGUGUGGUCCCUUACUGUAUGUGUGUGUGUGCGUGUGUAAACAUGUACACAUGGUAUAAAUGCCCAUUCUAGUACCUGGUUAAUAUUGAUGAUGUAGUGUUCUUGAUUUCACCUAUUCUGGGUAAAUGUGAAUGCCUUGCAAAAGAAUAAAUAAAAAUUCAUUCUUUUUUUCUUAA